ACAUAUCUACAGGAUACUGGGGGUGUGUGAGGGCGAGGAUCGGUGUGAGUGAGGAUGAGGAUGAAAAUGCGGACGCGGACGAGGAUGACGUGUGAAGUGUGUGGAUGGCGGCGACGCAGCAUCGCACCCGUCGCAGAAAUCAAGUGGAUCUGGACAUGCUCAUGACAUUUGAAGUAUACCUUUUUGUCACUGCACUGUUCGUGUGUUGCAUUCCGCCACGCCCUGUAGAAGUACGUGAAGCUGCACGCCCAAAUCUGCACAGAUUGACGAGAGAACAACGGCACAUUUCGUCUCGACGAUCCAAGCAGAUGUCGCAAGAGAACGAAACAGCAAGGUUGCGGAGACGCUUGAAUGAGCCGAUCCAUUUGCCAAUGUCGAAGUCAUUCGGCGGAUGAUGAAAGCCAAUCUUCAAAUGGCAGAGGAGAUUGCCAAGACUAGGAUCAGGUUCUUCGCUCGGGUCAACGAUAUUGUGGCGAUGGAGAUGCUGCAUAGCGACGGGGCGGAGAGCGUUGUGGGUUGCGGCCACGUUCAUG